AUGGCGCGGGAACUCAACAUAGAUUCUGUGCGGCAGAACUUCUGGAAGGAGCGACAUCUGAGGGAUCAGAAGUUGCGAUGUGAUUGGUACCUCAAGUAUGCGGCGAAGGUGAAGGCCAAGCAGAAGGCUAUGGCUGAAACCCGUCUCUCUCUCAAACUGCCCACCCUGUACCCAAAACCCCCACUCUCACCCCCACCUUCCCCCAAAAAAGCCCCUUCCAAGGUUCCCAGCCCUGCCGCGGAGGCUCCUCUGCAAUCAGAAAUGUACCCAGUGCUGCCUGCCAUCCGGGCCCUGCUGUAUGAAGGGAUCUCCCACGAUUCCCAGGGGCGCUACUGCUAUCUCAACACCCGGAAGCUGGACGUGCCAGAGAAGCGCUACCUCUUCCCCAUCACCACCAACUUCACCUACGGCUGGCAGCUGGGCCCCACAGGGAAGAGGGAGCUGGCCUCCACCAAGAUGUGCCGCAUUGACACGUUCUUCCGCAAGAACGGGGCCUUCGCACCGCUUGACCCUCGAGACCUGGUCCUCUGA